CUUUUGGAUUCUUGACUUAUAUGGGCAGCUCUUAAGGUUGACCUCGUAUGCUGAGACAUUAUAUAAUAUUGAUUUUGGUUGUUCCCCAGGUGGCCAUACUUUUACCAUCAUGUGGUGGAAUUUAAGGAAACAAGAACGCUGAUGUACCAUGGCCUUUAUAGCCUAACGAUUUGUGGUCCCCGUCCUAAAUAAAACCCGAGGUUGAAGCCUUACCCACAAAUAUGUUCUCAGUAUCGACAAGAAAAACUAAAGACGACACUGAUGUGUUGGUGUCUGGCACAUAUAUUUCUCACAGAUCAGGUCGAGUCGAAGUUGAGAGAGACCACAUACAGGCUUGAACAGCAACUGGCAGAAGAGCAAGCUGCUCGAUUGAAGGCUGAAGAGUUUGCUCAAGAAGCUCAAAGGAAGUCAAAUGAUGAAAUUCGUAAGCUGAGAGAGAACCUAGAGAGAGCUCAGAGAGAGACUGAGGAGAUUCGAAAGCGAGCCGAAAGUGGUAGGUGUGCUAUUUUAUGA